AAAGCUCAUACUUUUAUUGGUUGAAUGGUUUUUUUUUUAAUUUUGUUUACAUAUUUCUGCUCAACUGUGAUUUGUUUCGCAUCUCAGUCUCAGUUUCCAAAGCGCAACUUCACGUUAUGGUCGUGCAAAUGAUUUAUAAUCUCGAAACAUUCUCUUCAUGUGUGCCGUAAUUUGUCGUGAAAAGUAAAUGUGAAUACUCGCGUUCCGAAAAAUCGAAUUCAUAAUUCGCGCGAAUUUAUUCUUUGCCACUGAAUAUUUAUAGUUAAUAAAAAGAAAAACGCGAGUCUGAACUGUGAAAUCUGUAAUUUGUGAGUUUCGACCAAGUGACUUCAGUUUUCGUUUCAGAUUGAGACCACACAGGAAUUAAGUUGGGAUCUCACAGUUGUUACAACAGUUUCUUAAGUGACGCGUUGCAGUACGGACCCCCAGUGGUGUAUUUAUCGAUGAAGAUGAAGAAGAAAAGCAGCAAAUCAACAGAAGUUCUACUAGAAGACUGUGAAAAUGUACACAUUGACGAUGCAGGUGCGAUGUUACCCAGCGAGAUCUCUGCAAGCACGAAUCUCCUCGACAGCAAUAACACUGACCCCACCGACAAUACAGUGUGUAAAGUUCAGCUACAAUUCAAGCCGGCAACUAAAACGCAAAAACAGGACACAAAGAUCGACAUUGAACUUCCUGCUGAGAGAGCGAACAAAACACUCGCUAGUAUGGAAAACGAACCGUCGAUUUUUCGCAACCCACCGCUGCCGUGGUAUCGUAACUGGACAAAUGCUGGCGUCGUGCUCUGUGUGAUCUACAAUCUGACCAUAGUAUUACUCCUCUUGAUGGGUUUCUACAAGUUCCGUCAAAGCUGAAGUGUAUAUGCUCAGAAAACACAUUUUCAUACAAACACAUAUUGAUGCCAAAUGCAUUUUUUUAGUGUAAUGGAAACUUUAUUUCAUCAUCAUAUCCAUAUAGUAUUAUAAGACCUUAUUAAACGAUUAAAUAUAUAUAAACUGACUAUUGACAUUUACAAAAA